AUGGAAGACAAAGAGAAGUGGAACAAAGUAAUGACUAAUAUCACAACAACACGGAACAUCCCUUCUGAAAUCACAGCAGACACAAUCGCAGAAUUUUGUUUAUUUUGUUUCCAAAACGGUGUCACCGGACUCGAAACUGCUCACUUUGUUUUAAGCUCAAGAGAAGAGCUAUUAAUUGCGUUUCGAGAGAAUGAGGAGAACAUGCAGAACGUAUUAAAUUUGUUUGACUCGACGGUUAACCUUUACAUGUCAAAAACGCUGCAAAACUCGCAUCAAGUCCAGUUAGUUGUUAAUAUGACAUGGAUGUGUGGGGCUUAUAAAAAUGCGGUGAUAUACAAAAUAGCGCCAAAGUCCUUUGAAAAUACGGUCGAUGAUUUGUGCUCAUUUAUCAUAGCGGGAAACAAAAAGGAGGAUGCGAGUAUCUUGUCUGAUGUGUUAAUGAAUCUGUACACCUCUGUUGUUGUCCAAAACAAAUACGACGACGCUUUCUUACAAAAAGUACUAUCGAAAUUUGGGGUUCUCGAUGACUAUGCGGAAACAGAUGAUGUCAUUUUUUACACAUACCAAGCCCGACUUGCGCUGAUACUUUUCACAAUUAUCAACGAACAAAAUUAUUGGAGGUAUCGAGGGAAAGUGCAGCAGUUGUAUGUAGGAUUUUUUGGAUACGUAUUGAAACAUAUUGAUAUCUUGAAGGAGGUCUCAUUCAAAGACUCAGUACAACCAAUUUGUCUUGAUGGAGCGAGUCUCCCUCUAUUCAUUCAAGUUUUGGACGACUUUGCGAAAAACGCGAACGCGGAGUAUAAAAGUGUGUUCAAUGAAUUCUGCACGUGGCUACAAUACUUUGUGAUGAACAAAACGAUUCCACAAGAGCUCUUUGCAAAACUGAUCGAUUCAAGACUCUUUGUACUUAUCUCUUGUGAAAAAUACGCCGAAAUAUUGAUGAAGACGACAUCGGUUGCACAUUACGCUGCAUUGCUUAAAGACAAUUUAGUUCUUCGAACAACUAUCUUCCAAGAAGUAGCGAAGACUGACGCAAAAUAUGUCAACGAACCAUUCUUCGGAUUGGUUCUGUUUUACUUGAAAUCUUCAACGGAUUCGGGGCUGUUUGAGUAUCUAGCGUUCAUCAGAGGAGCAUUUAAAGUAGACCGACAAAUUGCUCUCAAACAGAUGAAAAACUUGAUGGACGCGGUGUUUGUGUCCGACACGCCACCAAUAGUUCAAAUUGAUUUCUAUGAGUCAAUAAUCUCAUUAAUUGAUAUCAUGGACGAAGAAGAGGGUCUUAGUGUUGUUUUUGAUAUUCUGAGGAACACGUGGAAGGUGCAGGAAAACAAACGAGUGUUCAGCAGAUUUGUCUCGAAGUUUACUGAAAAACUAGUAGAGAAGAAGGGGAUGAGUGUGUUUAUCAUACACGAAAUGGUGGCGUCGCUCUAUGGCACAAACGACUUGAAAACACUGUUUAACUGUGCGCAACCCAUUCGAUUUCCAAUAUUAUUGCCCGUGCUCUUGGAAUUGGUCUUCAAGCAAAUCUGCCCAUUAGAUUUGUAUGUGAAUAUCCAAACUAUUUUUUUGACACAUGACAUCAACUUACAUUAUCUGUCGAAGUACGGAUUGGGGAUGAUGGUCCACUUACUUUCUAAAAUAGAGAAUGCACUGAUCUUGGAACAACUCCAAAAUUUUGUUGAAAUGGCGAUAUUGUAUAAUGCGCCGCCAUAUUUGGGGUGCGAACUGCUUGAUAUUUUGGAGAACGAGAAACACAAAAAUGUUGUGAUGAAAAUGAUCAACAAACUCCUCUCAACGGAAAAGAAGAAACCACAAAAAACACUGUAUUUGAUGGGAGAACCACUUAUAUACGCAAAAACUAUGAAUUUGUCGUACAAAUCACAGACAAUCGCAUUUUGUGUGAAUCGCUCGGAGUUCAAUGAACUCCAAUACAUCUUCGACUUUUACGUUGAUCAACACUCGUUAGCAGUCAUUUACAAAGACGCUCAUUUUGAAAUUGUACUCAAUGAAGACACUAAAACAGAGUUACAUAUUCCAAUCGAUUGCACAAUACAAUCAAAGACUUGGUAUUUCGUGUUUUUACACUUUGAACAGAAAAUUGGUGGGCAAUCGGUUCACGUCCAAAUUUCAAAUGAGGCGAAUCCAGUCACUUGCUUGUACGAUAUGACAAUUCCAUACAAACACAAAGACACGACUUUGUCGACAACGAAGAACUUCAUUGGGAGUUCACAUAAAUAUAAAAACGGGUUCAUGGGACAAAUGCUGUUCUUGUCAGUGUACUCGUCGUGUUUAAUUCCUCUUGAGGUGUUCACAAUGCAAACUAAAAUGUUCGACGUCUCAGAUCAACCACAACAACUGAAGAGAAUAUUAUUUGUGUCACCAUUUAACGUCGUUAAAGAAACAAAAAAGGCACUGAUGUUCAUGAAAGCAGACAAAGUCCCCCAGACGAUCGAUGGAGACAAAAUUGUCGUCGGGAAAAUUCAAAAUUUGUUCCAAGCAUUACACCAGGCGAAUUUCUUCUUCCACUUCUUUGCAUUUGUCAGAAAGUUGAACAAACAAGAACAUAUGGAGGUGUUCAAGUCGAACGCACGAGCAAACAACCCACUUUUCUUUUUAGUCUCAUUCAUCACUAGAUGUGUCUCUGGGUCCGACGACUUGAAGGACGACUUUAUUAAGAUGAAAGGUGUUAUAUUGCUUCGGUCAAUCAUUAUCAAAGCAGUUCCCAUUCAAGUCAUUCCAGCCGUGUUUGACCAAAUCCAGAGACUUUCUGAGGCGUUUAUAGAAGAUAGUAAUUAUGGCCAAUUCAAAGAGAUGCUGAGUGACUUCCGAAUUUGGAUAUCAUUUUCAGCAACAUUGCAGAAGUACGUCUUGGCGAAAGUGAUUGUGAUGUUGAAGGAUACUCCAGAGUAUAUGGAGUAUCUGUCGAAUUUGAUGAUUCUCUUUUAUCAACCCCAAUUUCCUAAUGGGUUAAGGAUACAUGGCUGGUCACAACGUCGAAUAAACAAUACGGAUGUCAAGGAGAUCCGGGAAAUCAUCUGGAACGCUUUGUCGGAGUCAAUUACACCCACCAAAAGUUCAUUACAAAGUUUUAUAACGACGUUAUACUCGGUAUCUUCAGAUGAACUGUUCUAUGAAGGUGUCACGUUGUUGUUAAAUCGAAUCGACUUCUCAGUCCGGUGGGUGGAACUCUUCACAAGUUAUUUGUGCAACGAACUUCUGUGUUUACUCACACGAGGGGGGUUCAAAGUGAAAGAGCUGAUAUUAGAAGUUGUUGUCAAGUUCCUGCAAAGUAUUGACAUGAAAUACUACACACUAGGGUUUGACAUCGCAAAGGCUGUUGUUGGUUCGAUAUCACAAGAGACCAUAUUCACGUUGGAGGAAAUGAAUUUGUUAAACAAAAUUCCACAACGUAUUGCGGAUAUCAUGCAAGUCAAGGUGAUGAUAUUCAGACUCUUUCAAUACUCGACUGCUGAAGUCUCUGAGAAAUUGAUAUCGCAAUGGAUAUCGACAAAUGAAGUGUUACCAAUCGUGAAUGAAAGGGAUAAAGAUAUCAAUUAUAAUAUUGUUGAAGGACUUCUUGGAGGGAUCAAAGGAGACAUCAAGAAGUUUGGACCCAUUUGUUCGUUGAUCCGGAGAGGGUUGAACAAUGAUGUUUUGAGGAACGUGGAAAAUAUCGCUCGACUGUUUGUCCUCCACUUGAAGAUUGAAGAAGGCUUUACUGAAGUCACAAUGAUCCCAGACCUCUUUUUCUUGAUCAGCAAAGCACUUGAAGAAAAGAAGACUGAAAAGGCGAUACAGACGUUUGUUGCCUGCGUUAAUCUGUUUUUGACAAAAGUGCUCCAAAGAGGUGGGAACAGAGUUUUUAGUAUAGAAGCACUCAUCCCAUUCUUCGAAGGACUUCGCAUGGACUUUGGUGUUGAAAGUGCACUACGGAAAUUGCGGAUCAUCAGGUCGAUGCAGGAAGCGGAGAACACAACUUCCGAGCCUGUUAUUGUUGACAAUCAGCGAGAAGUCAUUGCGUUGUACGGAGUGUUUUGUAUGGACAGAAUUUUAAUGUCCACAAACGCUGACAUUAGAGGGAGACUCCUUAAAACGUUGUUCAACAUAUCGAAAACAUUUUCUGAAGAACUUUUGACUGAAACAAAGAAUUACUCGAAUGCGACGGAUGAUGAAAAAAUGGUGAUGGAGGAAUUUUUGCGGACGGGAAAAUAUAGUGAUAUGGAGGGACUUGUUGCUGGAGUGAUGUUUUCGAAGGUGAGGAGAGUGUUGAGUGGAUUUGCAUCGGAUCUCAUUUAUAAAGAAGAAGAGUACCGAUCGAACUCAAGUAAAGAAGUCAACAGUUUGUCGGACAAAAAGAAGUUAAAGGUUGCAAGGUACUCGUACUGCGACUUUGUGUUCGGAGAGAUUCACGUUGCUGAGAACCUCGAACGUAUCGACGAACUGAAAUCAAAGCUAAACCAAGAACUCAUUCUUAUGGAAAAUGAAUGGGACAUAUUCGACCAAAACGUAUCGCUCAUGAAAGAUAACACUAACACGUUGGGAGAGGCUGCGGGGGAUAAUGGUAAUGAUGAUCAAAAAAGAGUAGAGUCUCUCUUGUUGAGUCACUUGUGA